CGAUCCUCUUCGAUCUAUCGCUCGCUCUCAAACUCUUCGAUGACUGUUGCAGGAAAGGCAUCAAAAGGACUUAUUAGCAAGUCGUGUAUUCUCAUCAUAGUUGUUGCUGGUGUGGAGAGGUUUGCUUAUAAAGGAGUGGCUUCUAACUUGGUGACUUAUCUCACUGAGGAGGUGAAGAUGAGCACGUCUUCGGCUGCGAAGACCGUAAGCAGUUGGAGUGGAGCAACGUCGAUGUUUCCUCUCAUAAGUGCAGUCCUCGUAGAUUCUUACUGGGAUCGAUAUUCAACCAUAGCUGCAUCUUCUUUGCUCUAUGUUGCUGGACUUGGGGGAUUGACGUUAUGGGCAGUAUUAUUCUCAUGGAUGCCAAUCUUCUCCUUGUUCCUCCCUCUCUACCUAAUUUCUGUAGGACAAGCUGGCUACAAUCCAUCUCUUCAAGCAUUUGGUGCAGAUCAGUUACAGUUGGAUGAUGAACUUCCUUGCUGCGAUGAGGCCGGGGACCAGAAAAGCAAGAAGAAGAGCUUGUUCUUUCAAUGGUGGUACUUUGGCAUUGCCAGUGGAAGCCUUUUGGGGAACUCUCUUAUGCCUUACAUCCAAGAUACGAUAGGCUGGGGAUUAGGCUUCACAAUCCCCACAAUCGCAAUGAUCUCAUCGAUCUUAUGCUUCUUGGCCUGCACUCGUUUCUAUGUUCGUAAGAAGCAUCACAAUGUUAGUAAUAAGCCGAACGAAAACUUCAUCCACGCUGUAAAGAUUUCUGUGAAGAAUGCCUUAAGCGCCAACAAACUCGGCCUAGCAGCGAGAAGAGAUGAUCUACACGAACUAGAGUUGCAAGAGAAACCUCUGAAGGACGACUUCGAUGCGUCAAAAAUAACCGAAACAGAUUCUGAGACGUCUGACGAAUCCGUUAGUGUCGCUAAGGUGAUACUGAGGCUUUUUCCUAUUUGGAUAACACUCCUGAUGUUUGCAGUUAUCUUUCAACAACCGCCAACAUUCUUCACAAAGCAAGGGAUGGCGAUGGGGCACACAAUUGGGAAAACCUUCGUGAUUCCUCCCGCGGCGUUUCAGAGCGCAAUAACUCUCUCGGUUGUAAUGUUGAUGCCUCUGUAUGACAAGCUCGUAAUCCCAAUUCUACGAUUGAUAACUAGAAAUGAGAAGGGGAUCAGCGUCCUUCAGAGAAUGGGAAUUGGUAUGGUACUCUCCUUUCUUGCUAUGAUCGUAGCUGCAGUUGUCGAAACGAAGAGGCUUCAUAUCAGUAGACUACAAUUGCAAGGAUUGAAGGUAGAAUUGAGCAUUUUCUGGUUGUUGCCUCAGUACAUUCUUUUAGGGUUCUCUGAUGUAUUUACGGUUGUGGGGAUGCAAGAGUUUUUCUAUACCCAAGUGCCUGCAACGAUGAGAACUAUAGGCAUAGCGCUCUGUCUGAGCGUGUUUGGGGUUGGGAGCUUCCUUAGUGCAUUUCUGAUUUCAGCGGUGGAGUUUUUCACUGGCAGUAACGGGAGAGGAAAUAGUUGGUUCUCCGAUGAUAUGAAUGAUGCUCGGUUGGACAAGUACUACUGGUUCUUGGCUUGGCUUAGCCUUAUGAGCUUCCUCGUGUUUGCGGGCUUGUGUAAAUUUUAUAAUCGUUCUAGUGAUUCUACUAACUAAGAUUAGUGAUGGGUUGAUUUAGGAAGUUGAAUGUGUAUGGAGGGUUUGAAUGUCUCUUGUGAUUAGAUUAGUCUUUUUUUAUUUUGUUUCACUUGCUGGGUUGUCUGAAAAGAUCAUGGAUCAUAAAUAAAUGUAAGCCAAAUGUAUUUGAAAUUUUUUUUUUGUAAAAAACAGGUUGACACCUUGCCUUUUCAAUUUCGAUAUCACUAGCUAGUCAA